AUUAGCAUAUGUGACCUCAUCAGGAGGCGGGGCAAUUUCUCCAGGUGUCUGGGUUGGGGUGGGGGGGGGGGGGGGGACAGGAUUUAAAGGGAAAAGCUGACAGUGCUGCUGAGUGAGGAACCGGUGCUGUGAGCCGCUGGGCUACACUCGCACAUGCACGCCGAUGCACACGGACCUUGACAGCAACAUGGACACGGAUACGGAGACCACGGCACUUUGUCCUUCCAGCAGCCGCCAGGCCUCCCCACCAGGGACACCCACACCAGAAGCAGACCCCACACUUCUGAAACAGAAGCCAGAGAAACUGCUGGCAGAGUUGGACCGGAGUGGGCCACCUCCUGUCCCUGGGGCCCCCAGACGAAGAGGAAGUAUGCCUGUACCCUACAAACACCAGCUGCGGCGGGGCCAAGCUGUCGAUGAACUUGACUGGCCACCUCAGGCCUCAUCCUCUGGCUCCUCCGACUCUGUGGGCUCAGGGGACGCAGCCCCCACCCAAAAGGAUGGUGUCUUUAAGGUCAUGCUCGUGGGGGAGAGUGGCGUAGGCAAGAGCACCCUAGCCGCCACUUUUGGAGGUCUCCAGGGAGACAGUGCUCAUGAGAUGGAGAACUCAGAGGACACUUAUGAGAGACGGAUCAUAGUGGACAGAGAAGAAGUGACUUUAAUUGUUUAUGACAUCUGGGAGCAGGGCGAUGCCGGAGGAUGGCUGCAGGACCACUGCCUUCAGACGGGGGAUGCCUUUCUCAUCGUCUUCUCGGUCACAGAUCGACGAAGCUUCUCCAAAGUUCCUGAAACCCUUCUUCGGCUCCGGGCUGGAAGGCCCCAUCAUGACCUACCUGUCAUCCUUGUUGGAAACAAGAGUGACCUGGCCCGCUCCAGGGAGGUCUCACUAGAGGAGGGUCGCCACCUGGCCGGGACGCUGAGCUGCAAGCACAUCGAGACGUCGGCCGCCCUGCAUCACAACACUCGGGAGCUCUUCGAGGGCGCCGUGCGCCAGAUCAGGCUGCGGCGCCGGGGCCAGCGAGCCGAGUCUGGCAGCCCCGACGGCCCCGCGCCGCCCACGCGCCGCGAGAGCCUCACCAAGAAGGCUAAGCGCUUCCUCGCCAACCUGGUGCCGCGCAACGCCAAGUUCUUCAAGCAGCGCUCCAGGUCGUGUCACGACCUUUCCGUGCUCUGAGCCACGGUCGCCAUGGCCACUGCAGUCGCCAUGGUCACCGUGCCCUCUGCUCGCCCCCUCACCCUACUCCUGUCGGUCUAGGAAACCAAAUAUUCCCAGGAUGCCCUGGUGUGAGCGGGAGGCGGGGCCGGGUGGCUGGUCCGUCCACCGCCUCCACGCCUGGUCUGAACUGCUGACCACCCACAGCGCCUCACGACCUGCGAGUCAGGGAAGAAAUCCGUGCUGCAAGGUAUUUUUUAUUAUUAUUAUUAACUCACAAGAGGCCACCUCUCCUGGCAAGAGACUCCAAAAACUAGAACUGGAAAAGUGCUUUUGUAGCCUCCUGGAUGGAGUUGACCUCCUCGGUACUCUGAACAUGCCUUACCUUUAAGCAAGUUUUAAAGGUAAAAACCCAGAGAUGACUCUUCCAGAGAUGACUGAAAAUGUUCUCUUAUCCACCACCCAGGUCCACUUUGCCCUUAAGAAGUUCUUAAAGGAAAGGGCCUGGAAGUUGUUCUUGAGAUCAGACUCUGAUUUACCCUUCUGCUAUGGCACGUCCCCUCCCUUUAAGGUUACUGAAGUUAAGGUGUAGGCAGACUUUUGCCUUUAGGUGCCCUAAAGUAGAGCUGAGUGCUGGCAACCCCUUUGGCCAGGGCCUAGGAGGCACCAGCAAGGAAUCCCCCUUUCUCCUUUCCAAUAAAAUUUUUUUUUCUAUUGCA